UUGACCAUGGACCUCCACCUUGCGGUAAAGAACUAUCUGUCCAAAAUGCUAACAGUUGCUGGCGCCGGAAUGAAAGUUUUGCUUUUGGACGACGAAACUCUGAAAACCGUCAGCUUAGUCUCCUCGAUGUCUGAAAUUAUGAAACAGGAGGUAUAUCUUAUCGAACGCAUCCGCUUACCACGCGAGCCACUAGAGCAUCUUCGUUGUGUAUGUCUUUUGCGCCCAACCAAAGAAAACGUCAAUCUGCUUGCGCAAGAACUACGGAAACCAAAUUAUUCAUCGUACUACGUAUUCUUCAGUCAUACUUUGACAAAACAGUUGCUGAAACAGUUGGCCGAAGCAGAUGAUCACGAAGUUGUCGCUGAAGUACAUGAGUACUACACGGAUUUUAUGCCUCUUUCUCCUUUCCUCUUUGAACUCGAUUUGCCUAACUGCCUUGAAGGUAAUCGAGGGAUGAUUCCGAGCGCGGUUGGUCGGUGCACGGACUCCAUCACUGCAGUUCUAUUGGCUUUGAAACAAUGUCCACUCAUUCGUUAUCAGAACACGUCCGAGGCUGCACGGCAUGUAGCCGAAUCUAUCCGUUCUAUGAUCUCUCGUGAGGCCGUCUUGUUUGAUUUUGGCAGAAAGUCUGAACAGUCCUCCGUUCUGCUAAUUUUAGACCGACGUCAGGAUUCUGUGACACCACUUCUUACCCAGUGGACCUAUGAAGCCAUGGUUCAUGAGCUAAUCGGGUUGAAGCAAAACCGAGUAAAUCUAUCGCGAGCGCUGAAUGUCCGACCAGAAUUAAAGGAAGUUACCUUGUCCAGAGAGUUUGAUGAAUUUUUUAGGAACAACCAGUAUGCGAAUUUUGGUGAAAUCGGACAAGCUAUAAAAAAGCUAGUAGAAAAUUUUCAGUCUGCUUCGCGGUCCGUUGAUACGAAGAACAUAGAUUCCAUUGGUGACUUGAAGAAGUUUCUAGAACACUACCCUGCAUUUCGGAAAGUAUCCGGGACAGUUGAGACUCAUGUUACCAUUGUAUCCGAGUUAUCGCGACUAGUCAAGGAGCAUGCGUUGUUGGAAGUCAGUGAAGCUGAACAGGAAUUAAUUUGUCAUGACAGCCACUCUACCAGUCUUUCUCAGAUCAGAGCUUUGCUUAACGAUCCUCGAGUCUUGUUGUCCGAUGCGCUGCGUUUGGUUUUGUUAUAUGCUCUGAAAUACGAGGGACAAAAGACGGAUCUUUCAACUUUAGCCAAGGCUCUCGUCAGUCGUGGGGCAACAGAUGAAGAUGUUCAAAUGGUUCAACGCAUUUUGGAGUUUUCAGGACCUCGAUCUCGUGCAGAGGAGUUCACGCUGUUUGAUGCAAUGAAAACCGUAGCCAGCGGGGCUCAUAGCAUAAACACACAAACCGCUACAAAUGCAAUGACAUCUCUGACGAAGCGCCUUGUUAAGGGACUCAAAGGAGUUGAUAAUGUUUACACACAACACGAGCCGGUUCUGACAGGAAUAAUAAACGAUCUAGUCAAAGGGAAACUACGAGAAACUGCCUUCCCCUAUUUAUCUGCCGCUGGCUCUUGGACAGGCGCCUCAUCGAUACAACGGCCCCGUAAAAUUAUAGUUUUCAUAAUCGGUGGCGCUACCUAUGAAGAGGCUCGAGCGAUACAUAGGUUGAACAGCUCCACACCGGAAGUGGAUAUCAUUCUUGGUGGAACAUGCAUGCACAACUCACGUUCAUUUCUGGAUGAAGUGCGCUCUGCUACGAAAGAUACGUCGGAUUAUUUCGCUCCAGAAACCAGCGAUUCCGGUGUAGCCGAGACCACUUCGCGACCUUUUGGCCGUUUCAAAACCCAAGUCCGUUAUGGAUUACUGAAGUGA